CCAAUGCCAGCUGUAACAGCCGCCCUGCACACAAACAUCAGAGUGAAAGUAAAAGCGAGGCUGCUUGUAAGAAGAAGGACACAUUUUGCCCUGAAUCAACAGGAAACCACAGAGACCCCCCUGCUAGCAAACUGCAGAAAUGAGUUCCACAGAAGAAAAACAACUGGAGUCCAGUUCAACUUUUGAAGAUCCUGCACUUUUGAACCAGAGUCAUGCUGAACGGAUGAGGGCAGCUCGACUGAGGAUGCAAGAACAGCACAACGCUCUGGCCAGACAACACACAGUAGAACAACCCAGGACAGGUGCAGUCAACCCUUCCAGCCCUUCAGUAGAUCCUCAUGUCAAACACAAUAUACCACCUAAAAGAGAGAGUGAUCCCGGUUUGAAUAGAGAUCAGAAUGAUGCCAGAAGAGCAGCUUGGCUGAGGAUGCAAGACCAAAUGAAUACAGAUGCAGAACAAUACAAAGCCAAACUGCUGGAGGAAGAGAGGGAGAAGCAGGAGAAGGAAAAGCUGAUUGAAGAGGAAAAGAGAAAGCAGAAAAUCAAAAAGUGGGAAUCGAUGCAAGAAGGAACGAGCUAUCAGGGUCACACAAAAGUAACCCAGCCAGAAACAAGGGAGCCCACCACAGCUGUGAAGCGCAGGCGAGACAAGAAGCCACUGCGGCAGAAUGACUACAACCCCCUGACUGGAGAAGGUGGAAGUAACUACUCGUACAGAUCGACACGCAGCAACCCGUCCAGAGGGGGGUGAGGUUAAGAGUCCUGUCAGCGUGGAUUAAUGAAGGCAUCGUCUCAUAUCUUUAAGCUUAUCAAACUUUGAAUUAUGUAUGACAGCUAUAACAGAUAUACUCAAGAAGGGACAACCAGCGGAGUUAAGAAGGAGAGAGCCCACCCCUCCAAAUCAGCGUGCUUCACAACGAAUGAGAAACUAACAUGUUGAGGUUCUAAAGAUUUUCUUUAUGUGAAGAAUUGUGUGGUGCCCCCUAGUGUUUACAUUUUCACUUCUGUUUUGUGAUCUGUGUUUAUAAUGCUUGCUCAUAGGGGGAGAGGUGCAGUGCACUGUAGAUUCAUUUAGAUUCCCCCAAACAAGUUUAUGAAAGGGCUUUGAAAAGGGAAAUUGAGGGAUCCGCUACAAUAUUUAAUGUUUCACACAAUGCCAAAGCAACACUUUAUGCUAUGUUAAGUUUAGUAAGCUAAAUGAAUACAGUACUGAUUUCAACAUGCAGAAGACAGUAAUACACACGCCCUCAAAGUGCGUCCCCAUUGAGCGGGAGCAUUGCAAUGGAGCUGCAUUUUCAUUCCAUGCCAUUUUGAUAGAAUGUAUUACAUGGUUACAGCCCGGAAGCUUUCAUUUGUGUAACCAUUGGAAAAGAAAACGCUUUGAGCCUGAAGAGUUCAUGACGUUUCAAUGUAACAGUGGAAGAAUGCUCAGCUUUGCUCAACAGACUCGUUUGGUUGUAGGGCAGAGCGUGCUUUAUAAACACACAGACAGAUGUGCAGUAUGGAGGUUGAGUAUCUUUAUAAACACACAGACAGAUGUGCAGUAUGGAGGUUGAGUAUCUUUAUAAACACACAGACAGAUGUGCAGUAUGGAGGUUGAGUAUCUUUAUAAACACACAGACAGAUGUGCAGUAUGGAGGUUGAGUAUCUUUAUAAACACACAGACAGAUGUGCAGUAUGGAGGUUGAGUAUCUUUAUAAACACACAGACAGAUGUGCAGUAUGGAGGUUGAGUAUCUUUAUAAACACACAGACAGAUGUGCAGUAUGGAGGUUGAGUAUCUUUAUAAACACACAGACAGAUGUGCAGUAUGGAGGUUGAGUAUCUUUAUAAACACACAGACAGAUGUGCAGUAUGGAGGUUGAGUAUCUUUAUAAACACACAGACAGAUGUGCAGUAUGGGAGUUGCAUAUCUUUAUAAACACACAGACAGAUGUGCAGUAUGGAGGUUGAGUAUCUUUAUAAACACACAGACAGAUGUGCAGUAUGGAGGUUGCGUAUCUUUCAGCUGGGUGUUGAAUUCACAGAUUGAAAGCUUUAAUGACAUCAUUCUUGUAAAGGGUAGCUCCCAUGAGAGUGGUUGAAACUAAAUGAAUUAGACGGUGCCUUGUUCAGACAAACACAAUAUUUUAUUCUUUGUAUUAUGUUUACUGGUUUUAAAUAUCAGGAAUAUGCCAGAUUUUAUAUUGCAGACUAUAUCUAUCCAAAUUAUGAUUUGCUUAUCAUUCAAUAAGCACAACUUCUAAUAACACUUCUUUUACAUAAUAAUCUGUAAGUUACACCUACCUAAUAACUACUAAAGUACAGUAAUACAUAAAUAGGAAUCAAUGUUAUACAUAUUCAUUCAUUUAUUGUACAAAUCUAUGAAGUUAUAUUUAACAUUGUUUAAAAGAAAAUAAACCACUAAAGUCUGUAGUGGGAUACAAUAAUUAAAAAGUAUGUUGCUAAUUUUGUGUUACUGUAUUAGGGCUGGUUAGCAUAUGACUCCAUGUACACUGUUUCGUACAAUUCAGGCGUUUCAGCUCGCAUCGCAGUGCAUUCUGGUACGUUUCACUUUUCUCAGGAUCCUUUCACAGCAGGACUACGCUUACCAGAAUGCACUGCGACGUGAGUUGAAACGCCUGAACUGUCCCGCUGUCCUAGUGUAUAUGGAGUCAUAGGGUAGCUCUAUACUUUAUUGUACAUGUUAUUUACUGGACAAUAAACUGUAUGCAUCUAAACCAAUUGCACAUUUUUUUUUAUUACUAACACAUUCAUUACAGGCAAACCCGCUUAAUAGUAUCAUUAUAUAGAUAGGAUUUUUUUUCAUUA